AUGGUAUCAAACUACAAUUAUAGUUAUGUUUCCAACUACAGCUACGCCGAUACCGUCCCUUUUGAGUGCAGAUCAUUAAUCAACCAACCCGGCACACCUCCUUUCGACCUAUCCUGCUCCGCAUCUCUCUACAGCCCCAGGCAGAACCACAAUGCCACAUUCCAGGAAUGCUGCGAAGGCAUCGGUAGCAAAGUCUCCACCUUUGCCGUCCCCGACAGGGACGGCGUACGCCCUUGCUACCAAUACUGCCAAGCCAGCGACAUUGAUGCACAGAUUGCAUUGUUCAGAUGCCUAAAAUUAGGCUUCAUUACCCGUACAUGCCCUGGGAAGUAUGAUCGAUUUGGGCUUUUGAUUGCUGCGGCUCCAGCGAAGAGCUUGUCUACAGGUGGAUUGUUGGUUGCAGGGCUGGCAUUAGUAGGGAUGCUACAUGUGUGGGUGUAG